AUGGGCCACGAUGUGGCAUCAUUGCCGGAGAGGUUCCGGAGAGUGCUGGGGGUUCCAAAGCUGCAGUCGAAUUUGACCCCCGCGCAUAAGCUCCAUGUCGUCGAGUUGGACGGAAAGUGGGCCGUAGCGAAGCUGGAGCAGGAGGAGGUGCACAAGAAGCGCAAGGCUGUCGAAGAGGACUUCCCAUCUCUCCCAUUUGCCAAAGAUGAUGGGCGUCAGGGCAUAUAUGCCAACUUUGCACCUGGUGAUCUUCAACAUAAGGAUGAGGAGUAUGAUGGAACGAAGAAUUGCCGUAAGACAGGGCCGUUCACCUGGACGAAGGAGGCACAAGAGGCCUUCGAAGAACUGAAGAACGCAUUCGUGGACACCCCCAUCCUUGCACACUUUGACCCUGAGAAAAGCGCUGUUUCUCCUCCUCCUGUGUCUCCCGCAGCCUCCCACCUUGAACGCUCGCGGCCGUCUUCGUGUCGUGGAGUCAGAGCCUUCCUCCUCGGAGGACGAGGCCCCGGCGUUGGGGUCUCUGAACAGCCUUCCGCUCAGCACUAUGUCGUGCCACGCCAGUUCGACUCCCGCUGCCAGUUCGGGCCAAGCCAGCUCGCCACUGGCAGGCCCCUGCGUUCCGACGGCUCCCUUGGCGUGCUGCCGCCCCUCGGGGCCCUUCCUCCCUUGUCCCCCACUGCCGCCGGCGCCGAGCCCCUGCCCGCUGCUCUUCCCUGUCAGCGGUGCCUCAAGGAUGCCCUACACCAGGACCGGGUCUGCUCCUGCGUGCGUGACACCUCUUACCCUUUGAGUCCCAAGGAAUGAGCACUCCAUGACAUCGAGGAAGGGUGAGAGAGUCAUCUAUACUCGCAGGUGGCGUACACAUGCACUCAUCCCAAAAAAGCUUUUGUGUGAGGCAUGCUGGGUCUUUGUUGAUAAGAAUAAAAGGCUACGUACACCAGAGGAGGUUAUGCAAUUUUUGCAGCGUUCUGACCUG